AUGUCUACAGCCAACACGAUCAAGGUCGUCGCUCGCUUCCGACCGCAGAACAAGAUCGAAGUGGCAGCUGGUAGCGAACAGGUCGUCGAGUUCUCGAGCGAAGAGACAUGUACCAUCACAAGCAAAGAAGCUUCCGGUGCUUUCACCUUCGAUCGCGUCUUUCCUACCAACACACCUCAACAUGAUGUCUUCGAUUACUCCAUCCGCAGCACUGUCGACGAUGUUCUGGCUGGGUAUAACGGGACUGUCUUCGCCUAUGGGCAGACGGGAUCAGGAAAGACGUAUACCAUGAUGGGUGGUGGAGAUCUGGACGACAACAACGGCAAAGGUAUCAUCCCUCGAAUCGUGGAACAGAUUUUCGACAGCAUCCUGCGAAGCGACGGCAGCAUCGAGUUCACGGUGCGAGUGGCUUAUAUGGAGAUCUACAUGGAGAAGAUCCGCGAUCUACUCCAACCGCAGAACGACAAUUUGCCUAUACAUGAGGACCAGAAGAGAGGCGUAUAUGUCAAGGGUCUGAGCGAGGUCUAUGUCGGCUCGACGGAGGAUGUUUAUAAAGUGCUGGAGAUUGGUGGCAAUGCAAGAGCUGUGGCCUCAACAAACAUGAAUCAGGAAUCUUCGCGAUCGCAUUCAAUUUUUGUGGUCGAGAUUGGACAGAAGAAUAUUGAGACAGGCUCCGCAAGAUCUGGAAGGUUGUUCUUGGUUGAUUUGGCUGGUUCGGAGAAGGUCGGGAAGACCGGUGCUUCUGGUCAGACAUUGGAGGAGGCCAAGAAGAUCAAUAAGUCGCUUUCUGCACUGGGCAUGGUCAUCAAUGCUCUAUCUGACGGAAAGAGCUCGCACAUCCCAUACCGAGACAGCAAGCUCACACGCAUCCUGCAAGAGUCGCUUGGCGGUAACUCGCGGACUACACUGAUCAUCAAUUGCUCGCCUAGCAGCUACAACGAUUCCGAGACGGUCUCUACACUGCGGUUUGGUGAGCGAGCGAAGACCAUCAAACAGAAGGCCAAGAUCAACGAGGAGCUUUCACCUGCUCAGCUUAAAGCCUUACUCAAGAAGGCACAGACACAGGUCCAGACGUUCGAGCAAUAUAUCUCUUCGCUGGAGGGUGAGGUCGGCAAUUGGCGGAAGGGCGAGUCUGUACCCAAAGAGCAAUGGACGCCUGCGAUCAAGGAUAUGGGGAAAGCAUCACGACCAGAGCCACCGAGGUCUGCUACACCUAGUCGACUACGCUCUAGCAAUGAGACGCCCAGCACACCAAGACCCGACAGCAGGAUGGACAUCGAGCGCGCGGGCACACCUACAAUACCCAUGGACAAGGACGAGAAGGAGGAGUUCCUGAAACGCGAAAAUGAACUCCAAGAUCAAUUGACCGAGCGCGAAACCACUCUCGCAGCCGCCGAGCAAGCUCUCCAACAAGCUCGCACCGAACUGCAAGAAAUUCGCACCCUUCACGCUACGACCUCUCGCACGAACGAGAAACUGCAAGGUGAAACCGAGGGUCUGAAGAUGCAAAUCGAGAAAGUCAAUUUCGAGACCAAGGAAGCUAGUAUCACGAUGGACUCGCUAAAGGAGGCUAAUACAGAGCUUACGAGCGAAUUGGAUGAAGUAAAGCACCAGCUCUUGGACGCCAAGAUGAAUGCGCAGAGUUCCGCGCAACAGGAGGAUGAGAGGGAGAGGCUGAAGAAGGAGAGGAUGGCGCAGAUGAUGGCUGGGUUCGAUCUUGGUGAUGGUGGGAUGAGUCAUGGUGAGGUCCAUGUCCGGUCUAUGAUCCAGCAAGUCGAGAAUCUGCUCGAGAUAUCGGAAGGUGGCGAGGCGGCCGCGCCGGAUGAGCUGCAUGCUUUGAAGGAGAGGCUGCUGGAGACGCAAGGGCUUGUGAGGCAGGCUGAGAUCGGCGGCGUUGCGAACAGUCAUGCGGACAGUGGUGGCGAUGCGGCGAACACUGCUCUUCUUGAGCAGAAACUCGCGCAGGCUCAACGGGAUUACCAGGCCGUGCUGGAGAAGAAUCUGAGUGAAGGUGAUGUGGAGGAAGUGAAACGCAACCUCUACGACUCUCUCGCGGCGCAGCAGGAACAGGGACCCGAUGGUUCGGAUCUGGGCUUGUCGCACAAGCGACAGCAGGAGGAGAAUUUGAGGUUGAGGGAUGAGCUUGAGGGAUUAAGGAAAUCUCACACCAAUGGCACGACUGCGAACGGCAAUAAUCUCAAUAAGAGCCUAUCGGACUUUGACACGAUCAAGAAGAGCUUGAUGCGCGAUCUGCAGAACCGAUGCGAACGGGUCGUUGAGCUGGAGAUCUCUCUCGAUUCUACGCGCGAGCAAUAUAACUCUAUCCUUCGAUCGAGUAAUAGCAAGCAACAGCAGAAGAAACUGGCGUUUCUGGAACGGAACCUGGAACAGCUUACACUCGUGCAAAGACAGCUGGUGGAGCAGAAUGCCGGGUUGAAGAAGGAGGUUGCGAUUGCUGAGAGGAAGUUGGUGGCUAGGGGCGAGAGGAUCCGGGGUCUGGAGGCGUUGGUGGGCGAGAGUCAGGAGAAGCUUAUGGUGGCUAAUCACAAAUUCGAAUCACAACUCCUAGCCGUCAAAGAACGACUAGAAGCGGCCAAGAGCGGUUCGACACGUGGGCUGCCUUCUCAUCAUAAUUCCUCUGGUGGUGCUGGUGGUCCUUUCGCGAACUCGAAUCCUUUUGGUGGACGAAUUGCUAAGCCCCUCCGUGGCGGUGGAGGUGGUGAGGGACAGGGGAGCUCGCAGAUGGUUCCUACGUUUGCGGGUUUGCAGGCUGCGCCGGGGAGUUCGGAUGGGAAUCAGGGUGGGAAGAGAGGGAGUUGGUUCUUCAAUCAGAGGACUUAG